AUGUUACUGAGGAAUAUUGACCAAUUCAGUGGUCUUUGUAAUGGUACAAGGCUACAAGUUAGGAAGUUUGGAAAUCAUGUCAUAGAAUGUGAGGUCUUAACGGGUAACAAUGUUGGUCAUAUUGCUUUGAUUCCAAGAAUGAAUAUGGUACCAACAAAUGAAACCGUCCCAGUUAGAUUCCAACGAAGACAGUUUCCUAUAAUAGUAUCGUUUGCUAUGACAAUUAACAAGUCUCAGGGACAAACUUUAUCUCAUGUUGGAUUGUGCUUGUCCAAACCAGUUUUUACACUUGACCAAUUAUAUGUGGCACUUUCAAGAGUUAAGAGUAAGAGAGGUUUAAAAGUUUUACUUAUGAAUCACGUAGGAAUAUCUGCAAAUUCAAUCAUCAAUGUUGUUUACAGAGAAGUCUUUGAAAAAAAUAGUAUUCUAAUGUAA